UGCAGGCUGAGGGGGUAAAAAAAAAAAAAAAAGAAAAGGCAGGAUACAUAGGCAAGCGUGGCAAUAUGCACCUUAUUCCGAAGGAACUCGAUAAGCUCGCCAUCUCACAAUUAGGCUUUUUGGCCCAGCGGCGUCUUGCACGUGGUGUGCGACUCAAUCAUGCCGAAGCUGCGGCAUUGAUUUCUUCGAACCUGCACGAGUUGAUUCGUGAUGGGCAAUACUCGGUAGCUGACCUGAUGUCCAUCGGCAAGACCAUGCUUGGUCGCCGGCAUGUACUCCCAUCAGUCCCUUCGACCCUGGUGGAGCUGCAGGUGGAAGGCACUUUCACCACGGGCAGCUAUUUAGUGACUGUCCACCACCCCAUCAGUUCAGACGAUGGAGACCUCGAAAAGGCUCUCUACGGGAGUUUCCUACCGAUACCGCCGGCUGAUACAUUUCCGGACCCCGAUCCGGAGGAUUAUCUACCUGAAAAGGUGCCUGGAGCGGUUAUUCCUGUGAAGAACGCGCGCAUCACAUUGAGCGAGGGAAGGAAGCGGAUUAAGCUCAAGGUGAUGAGCAAGGGUGAUCGACCGAUUCAGGUUGGCUCGCAUUAUCAUUUUAUCGAGGCUAACCCUCAACUGCAUUUCGAUCGAUUUCGCGCUUAUGGAUAUAGGCUUGAUAUUCCUGCAGGCACGUCUGUUCGGUUCGAGCCUGGUGACACGAAGACUGUUACUCUGGUUGAGAUUGGGGGCCAUAGGAUCAUCAAGGGAGGCAAUUCCCUUGCAUCCGGGCCGGUGGACCUUCGUCGGGCGGACGACAUCAUACAGCGCUUGCAAACUGCUGGUUUUGCGCAUGUUCCUGAACCCGCUGCGGAUAACGCGCUCGUUGCUCCUUUCACGAUUGAUCGCGAAGCGUAUGCUCGGCUAUUUGGGCCCACUACUGGGGAUUUGAUUCGCUUGGGACUGACAAACCUCUGGGUCAAGAUUGAGAAGGAUUAUACUCACUAUGGAGACGAGUGUUCAUUUGGCGGUGGCAAGAGUAUCCGCGAAGGCAUGGGCCAGGCAUCAGGGAAGUCCCACAAGGACUGUCUGGAUACGGUCAUCACAAACGCUGUCAUCAUAGACUGGUCCGGUAUCUACAAGGCAGACAUUGGUAUAAAAAACGGCACCAUUGUCGGGAUUGGCAAGUCAGGAAACCCAGACGUUAUGGAUGGCGUCCAUCCGGACAUGAUCAUCGGCUCGUCAACGGAUGUCAUUGCGGGAGAAAACAAGAUCGUGACUGCAGGAGGCUUCGACACGCACAUCCAUUUUAUCUGCCCUCAACAAGCACAGGAGGCACUCGCUUCUGGAAUCACCACGUUUUUGGGAGGAGGAACUGGUCCAUCAACCGGCACAAACGCAACCACAUGCACGCCCGGCCCAACACACAUGCGCCAAAUGAUCCAAGCAUGUGACCAGAUCCCCAUCAAUGUCGGCAUCACUGGGAAGGGGAAUGACAGUGGCGGAAUUGGCAUCGAAGAGCAGAUUAUCGCCGGAGCAGCCGGACUCAAGCUCCAUGAAGACUGGGGAUCUACACCCGCAGCCAUCGACACCUGCCUGGACAUUUGUGAGAAGUACGACGUACAGUGUAUGAUUCACACCGACACUCUAAACGAAUCUGGCUUCGUCGAACAAACUAUUCAAGCCUUCAAGAACCGCACAAUUCACACCUACCACACCGAAGGCGCCGGCGGCGGCCAUGCACCCGAUAUCAUAUCUGUCGUUGAGCACCCCAAUGUUCUCCCCAGCAGCACGAACCCCACCCGGCCCUUCACAAUGAACACUUUGGACGAACAUCUCGAUAUGCUUAUGGUCUGCCACCACCUGUCAAAGAACAUUCCGGAAGACGUCGCAUUCGCAGAAAGCCGCAUUCGCGCCGAGACUAUCGCUGCGGAAGACGUCCUCCACGACCUCGGCGCCAUCAGCAUGAUGUCCUCAGACUCUCAGGCCAUGGGACGCUGUGGUGAGGUCAUCCUCCGCACAUGGAACACAGCGCACAAGAACAAGGAACAGCGUGGUCAAUUGCCAGAGGACGAAAACACAGGGGCUGAUAAUUUCCGUGUCAAACGCUACAUCAGCAAGUAUACCAUCAACCCGGCCAUUGCGCAGGGCAUGUCUCAUUUGAUUGGGAGCGUGGAGGUCGGCAAGCUCGCGGAUCUGGUGAUCUGGUCGCCUAGCUACUUUGGCACGAAGCCGAGCCAGGUAUUGAAGAGCGGCAUGAUUGUUGCCUCGAUGAUGGGUGACCCCAAUGGUUCAAUCCCCACAAUCCAACCCGUGAUCAUGCGUCCACAAUUCGGCGCCUACCUUCCCAGCACAUCUGUAAUGUUCGUCUCGCAAGCUUCACUCGACACAAACACCGUCCAAUCCUACGGGCUUAAGAAGCGCGUUGAAGCCGUCAAAAACUGCCGCAAUAUCGGCAAGGCCGAUAUGAAGUUCAAUGACACGAUGCCAAAGAUGAAGGUUGAUCCGGAGAGUUAUCGCGUUGAAGCGGAUGGAAGGCUCUGUGAUGCGCAGCCUGCGGAGACGCUGCCAUUGACGCAGGAUUAUUUUGUUUAUUAA